AUGACUAUCAUCUCAAAAGCUUCCGUUCUCCUUGGACUGGCCGUUCUCUUCACCGCUGCGCCUGAGUGCUCAUCCUUUACUACAGGAGUUCACACAACAUCAUACACCGAGACAAGAAGUCCCUCCAACAAACCGGGACACUCUACGUUCGCAGCGAAAAGAGGGGUCAGGGUGACCAACCUCAUCCAAAGAGAGGUGUCGACCAUGACAGUACCGGUACACGGCGAAAUCACCAAGGAGAAACUAUCUAGGAGUUUGGAGGUGGAGCUUCAGCAAAGGUUUUCCUCGAUGCUGGACAAUGUCUCGGAAGAAGAGAUGGCAAGUUUCUGCACAAGUUUGGAAGACAAUCUGUUGGAGAUUUCUUUGCAACUUCAUUUCCUGGGAACCGACUAG